AAAUACAAACCAACACAACAGUGUGCUCCAUGUGACGUUGUAGAUGUCAUGUUUAUGUUCUGGUUAGCUAGUAACCAAGGCAACACCUUUACCUGCUGGCCUGCUGUGCUUGAGCAGGUUAUUUAAUCAGUAAAUACGUCUGUGUGAGAAAUGUGUAAAGAGAAUAGAUCCGCACGUGACUGAAAUCUAAAAUCUCCGACAACCCUGAAGGCAGCACGCGGUCUCUCGUCCCCAUAGUAACAGAAAGCCGCUGGGACUGAAACGGAAGUUGUUGUUCGGAAGUUUCUAACCUGAAAACAACCUAGUUUUUCACGAUUAUUAUCAGUGCGCGCGCGCACAGAUGAGUCCAACAUGCCGCUGCACGUGACGGACUACACGUGGAGCCAGACGGACUCCGCGGUCAACGUCAGCGUACCGUUAAAAGGAGCGGCGCCCGGGAGAGUGGACGUCAUGUCAACGGACCAGUACCUCAAGGUGCACUUCCCUCCCUACCUGUUUGAGGCCUUCUGGUUUGAAGACAUCGAUGAUGAAAGAAGCUCAGCAAAGAUUGGAGAUGGAGUCGCUGCGUUCAGCUUAAUGAAGAGAACCAACAGAUGGUGGCAACACCUGAUGAUGGUAAAUGAUGAUAAAGAAUCAAAGAGGAGGAUCAGAGAAAAGGCUCUGGAGAAACAUCUGCAGAAGGUUUCUGCAGAGGCCAAAAUCAAAGCUGUGAGAAAACAAGCAGAGAGCAAAUAUGCUCUGGAGACCAUGAUGGAGCUAGAAGACCAGGAGAGAGACCGAAUCCAGAAGAUGAAGGACUCAGAGCGAGAGAAGGUGAGUGUGGAGCUGAUAGCAUGGCAGCAGAACCACCCAACCCCACUGAGAGACAACACAAAGACACCAGAACAUGGAUCAGCGAAGUCUGGACGGAACCAGCCAGUUCACAGAGAAACCAAGAGGAGAUCGCAGGAGCCUCCGCCUCCUAGAGCUGCUGGGAACAUUCAGAUCACCUUUACUCCUCGGGUUUUCCCAACGGCACUCAGGGAAUCACAGGCGUCAGAGGAGGAGGAGUGGCUGAGGAAACAGGCAGAGGCCAGGCGAGUCGUCAGAGCAGACCUGGAGGAGCUGGAGGACCUGACCCAGGAGGAGAGGAACCCCGACUGGCUGAAGGACAAAGGCGACCGGUGUUUUGUGAGUGGCGACUACAUGGGAGCGCUGAACGCCUACAACCUGGCCAUCAGGCUCAACAAGAAGAUGGCGGCUCUAUACGCCAACCGAGCCGCGUGUCACCUGAAGCUCAGGAACCUUCACAAAGCCAUCGAGGACAGCUCUCAGGCCUUGGACCUGCUGACCCCGGCUGUGGAAGCCAACGCCAGCGCAAGAGUCCGGGCCAUUGUCCGCAGGGGAUCAGCCUUCUGCCAGCUGCAGCUCUAUGCUGAAGGACUACAGGACUACGAAGCUGCUCUGAAGAUCCAACCUGAGAACAAGCAGCUGCAGGAGGACACUCAGAGAAUCAGAGACAUGGUCCAGGGCUGUCCUCCUGACUGAGUCACACACACACAUACACACACACACACACACACACACACACACACACACACACACCAGCUGCACAUUUCUGUUAUUUUUAUUCCUGAAUAAAUAAAGUUUCUAACUUUAAAAUCA